AUGUCAAUCAAGGUCAAGCACUGCGAUUUGACACCACUGGGGUCCUUAUAUACCUGCACACACACACACUCUCACACACCUGUGAGCUCUGAAUAAACAGAUCCUGCUGCUCCUCUCUGGCUCACUUCUCUCUGGCAUCAGUUUCUCGUCCUACUUUUUAGUUUUUGUGUCACCUCAAGGUUUUAAAAAUGGGCCUCCUUCUCUCUCAAGUUCAACUUUAUAUUCUGUAGGAAGUCACUAGAAAGUCUACGGAGCCCCUAAAGGGACAUGGAAGUCAUUUGUUCAGCAUUUAUCGUAAAACAGAAACCAUGUUACUGGAGGCCGGUGUCCCAGUAAGGCCACCGUUACCGGGAAGACUGUGGUGAUCACAGGAGCAAACACGGGAAUCGGGAAGGAAACGGCGAGAGAACUGGCAAAGAGAGGGGGAAGGAUUAUUAUGGGGUGUCGUGACAUGGAGAAAUGCGAAACAGCGGCAAAAGAAAUACGAGGGAAAACCCUGAACCCUCAUGUUUAUGCGUGUCACCUGGACUUGGCGUCCAUUAAAUCCAUCCGAGAAUUUGCUGAAAGAUUAAAAAAAGAGGAGAAGCGUGUAGAUGUGCUGAUCAACAACGCAGGAGUCAUGAGAUGUCCCGCAUGGAAAACAGAAGACGGCUUCGACAUGCAGUUUGGAGUCAAUCACCUCGGCCACUUCUUGCUGACGAAUCUCUUGCUGGAGAAGCUGAAGGAGUCCGCCCCCAGCAGAGUGAUCAACGUGUCCUCCCUCGCCCACAUUAUUGGAAACAUUGACUUUGAGGACCUAAAUUGGGAGAAGAAGAAGUUUGAUACCAAGCAGGCGUACUGUCAGAGCAAGCUUGCCAACGUUCUGUUCACCAGAGAGCUUGCCAAGCGGUUACAAGGGACAGGAGUUACAGUGAAUGCUGUACAUCCAGGAGUUGUUUCUACAGAGCUUGGGAGGCACACCGGUCUGCACCAAUCACAGUUCUCAAGCUUUAUGCUCGGUCCUUUUUUCUCUCUUCUGGUGAAGAGCCCUGAGUUGGGGGCCCAGCCCUCGGUUUUCCUCGCCGUGUCAGAGGAGAUGGAAGGAGUGACGGGACGAUACUACGAUGUGAUGACUGAGAAAGAGCCAGCGGCGCAGGCUCUCGAUGACGAGGUCGCUCGCAGACUGUGGGAGGUCAGCAGCCGGCUGGUGGGUCUGCAGGAAGACGGACCGCCGAGCAGCUCAAAGACAGAAGGAGUCUCAGAACCGGAACUCGUACAGACUCCAGAACUGGCUUGAACUCUCCUUAGGCUUAUGUAGCAGAAAGACAUGAUGGACCUCGUGUCUUUAACUUCAUGUUCCUGAAUCAGAACAUUCUGUUUCUCCAGAACUUUGACUUCAUCAAUCAUUCAUGGAGCUCAGCUUGUCUUGUGAAAACACCGUCUACUUACUCAGGGAUCUUCAUCAGUGUCUGUAAAACACGGAUUCUACUUUGUCUCGCUGCUUGUUCUAUUGUUACACAACAUUGACCUAUAAAUAAAAUGGACACCGUGUGGGAAGGGGCUCAGAAAACCACCUCCUCAUACAGUAUAGAAGGAAAAAAAACUACAUAAAAAUAGAUUUCAGUUUCUGGUAAAAUUAAAGCAUCCAUACAAUGAAGCUUCCUGAAACCAUUUCUAUUGAAAUGUGACUUAAUCAAAAGUCAUCCUCCAUCUUUACAUUGGAAAAUCACUUUUUGUGGAUUCAUGAGGUCUUGAAAGGAGAAAAACUGAACAUAUUGUAUAAAACUGACAGAGCUGCUUCAUGAAGUUGUGUGGAUUCAUCUGAAACUGAUUCUUCAUGGGAUUAUCCUUCAAAUUUUAAAUCAUUCAUUUGUUACUUUUCCAUGAAUGCCAUGUAAAUCAAAAGAUCAAAUAUAAAUAUAUCAAAAAUAAAUAUCUUUUUUUAAAGAAUUUAUUUUGUCUUAAUAUAAUAAAAAAUAUUUUUGUAAAAUUCUCCUAUCUUCAUCCUAACUUUAUUUUUGUUAUACCAUCUUCACAGUUUAGUAUGGUAGCUUAUUAGAUUUUUGUUUUUUGGACAAUGCCUUCAGGCCAUCUUUUUUAUUUUUUUAGUUAUAUCUUUAUUUAUUUGGUCAGUAUUUUUGUCUCUUUUGUUUUUAGUUUUUCAAAUUUACUAAAUGUCCUAUAAAUAUUUUCAUUCUUAUUAAGAACAAUCUUCAGUUUAGUUUAAUAUUUUGUUUCUUAUUUGUGAAAAAGCCUAACGAAAGUGACAUUUAUAUUAAUUUUUCCUUUAAUUUUAUGCCAUUAAGUUCAAAUAUUUUGCAUUUUCUACAGAUGAAGACUCAAAAUGUAUCUGUUGAAAUUUGACGUUUUUUGUGAAAGUUAUGCUGCAUAUUAUUUUAAUAUUUAUGUCGUCAAUAAUGAAAAUAUGGGACAAUAAAUGUGCAUAUGUGGAUAUGCAUUUAAAAUAAAAGCUUUUUAUCCUUCUGGA